UCUUUGCUUCCUCUCCUCUUUCCUCAUUUCUCUCUCUGUCUUUGCUCUCUCUUCACUCACUGCUCUCUUUUAAGCUUUUUGUUUUUCCUUCCUUUUCCCUUCCACAAUUGAGUGACAUCCAAGGACCAUAUCAUCUUCAUCAUUGCCUGUAAUGUCCUUUUGACACAAACCAACCUGACUUUCAACCUCUGCUUCCUCCUCCUUAUAUCUACUGAAACAGAGCACCCACUUCAAGAUUUCCCCAACAAGCCUUCUGGGUUUUCUCUCUGCUUCAUUCUUCUCGAUCUUUACCUUCCUCUUCAAUCAAGCUUCAACUUUUUCCCAUACUAAUGGAAAAGGACAGCAACUCAGCCGCACCCAGUUGGAACCCUUCAAGCUUAAUGCAGUCCAAUGAGCUCCAUUGUGCUCCACAGCAACUUCCCAAUUCUUAUUUCAAUGCCAAUUGGGACAAUUCAAUGGAUCAGAGCGAUCCCUUUGAGUCUGCCUUGAGCUCCAUGGUGUCCUCACCGGCGGCGUCCAACGCCGUCGGUGCCACCGCCUUUCCCGGAGGAGAAGGCGGUGGAGAUAUGAUAAGAGAAGUAAUUGGAAGAUUAGGAAGCAUUUGCAACUCUGGAGAUAUAUCUUCACUGUCUUACAAUAACAGUACUAACAAUUCAUGCUAUAGUACCCCAUUAAACUCUUCACCGCCUACUAAGCUCAACUUGUCAAUGGUUGAUCCACAGAUGAGAGGCAAUUUGCCAGUUCCAGCACCCUCAUCACACCCAACUUUGGCUCCAUUUGCAGCUGACCCUGGUUUUGUAGAGAGGGCAGCAAGGUUUUCCAGCUUUGGAAAUUUUGGUGGUGGUCUGAAUGGUCAGUUCAAUUUGAAUGAAGCUGAAUUGGCCUACAGAUCAAUGCUGAAACUUGAUUCAGGCAAGCUUUCCAGAGCUUCCAGCAACCAGUCACUGAGAUCUCAAAUGGGUGGUGUUCAAGAAAGCAGCAUCAAAAGCUCUUCACCCCAAGAUGGGAAUGCAAUUCCUGAUAAGAAGUUCAGCAGGUUCUCAAGGUCCUCCACCCCAGAAAAUGGUGAAUUGGGUGAUUCCAGAGAAGGGUCAUCAGUUUCUGAGCAGAUCCCAGCUGGGGAUUUGAGUGUGAAAGCAGAGAAUGCUUCCAUCUCAAGGAAGAGGAAAGCUGUUCCAAGAGGGAAAGCCAAAGAAACCUCUUCAUCUCCUUCUGUUAAAAAUGGCAAGGCUGUGACUGAAGAGCAACCAAAUGCCAAGAGAAGCAAAACUGAUGAAGCUUCUGGGAAUGAAAAGGAAACUCAAAAGUCAAACAAGGAACCUAAUGGAGGUAGCAAAGCUACCAAGGAUAGUUCAGAGCCUGUUGAGCCUCCAAAGGACUACAUCCAUGUCAGAGCCAGAAGGGGUCAGGCUACUGAUAGCCAUAGUCUGGCAGAAAGAGUUCGAAGAGAGAAAAUUAGUGAAAGGAUGAAGUUUCUUCAAGAUCUUGUUCCUGGUUGCAACAAGGUAACUGGGAAAGCUGUGAUGCUAGAUGAAAUCAUUAACUAUGUUCAGUCGUUGCAGCGCCAAGUCGAGUUUCUUUCAAUGAAAUUGUCAACUGUGAAUCCUAGAAUGGAUUUGAACAUGGAGGCUCUCCUGUCAAAGGAAAUCCUUCAAUCUCAAGGAGCUUUACAAAAUGCUCUUUACCAAUUAGAUUCCGCAGUCCCCGCAUCAUUUCCUUUUGGGUAUCAACCCCAGCAACUUCCAGCUUUACAUAGCAACGGCAUCUCUAAUGAGACAGAGACGCAGUUUCCAGUAACUUUAAAUGCCACACUGACUCAAAAUUCAACCAUGCAAUCACCUGCUUUUGAUAGAUUUGGUGGAGCAAAUCUUCAGGCUCCACAAUUUUUUGAGGAUGAUCUCCAAAGUAUGGUUCAGAUGGGUUUUGGCCAGAUCGAGCAGCAGAGCCUUCAUGGCUCAGGGGCUUCAGCUCAUAUGAAAGUUGAGCAUUAAUCAACACCGUUAACUGUAUAUACAGAGGAAUUCCAGUUUGAAUGAAUCUAUAGCCUGGAGGAAAAUAACAGUCUCUCCAUCAUUUUAAUUUUAGUCUCUCUCUGAUUGGCAAGUUGAUUCAGCAACACAUUCUUUGGAGAAUUCUAUCUUUCAAGAAUUCCACAAUGUAAAUCCUAGAACUAAUUGCACCAAUUCCAUAAGAGCAGACCCCAUUUAAUACUUGUAGCAUUGUAAGAACUUGGAAGGAGAGUUGUUUAUGUAAACUUUAGUUUUGAUCCAAACCUUGUGUAUCAUCAACUUACCAUUUGAUAAUAUAAAUAUAUAUUACUGAGAUUCAUUCAGACA